AUGAACUUCUGCGCAUAUGUGACAAACAAUAUAUCAAAAGAAAAUCACCUUAUCACUGCCAACGAGGGGAGUGCAGUUGCCCUAGCAACAGGCUAUCACCUGGCAACGGGAAAAAGCGCAAUGGUUUACCUUCAGAAUUCUGGCCUGGGUAACACAGUGAACCCGCUGAUGUCUCUAGCGGUCCCAGCUGUGUACAGCAUUCCCAUGUUGAUGCUGAUUGGCUGGCGUGGGGAACCUGGCAAACGUGACGAGCCCCAACAUAUCACCCAGGGCAAGACAACUCCAGGACUACUCGCUGCCCUGGGGAUCCCCUUCCAGCCCUUACCUGACUAUGAGGAGGGGGCAGGACUUGUGCUGCAGAGUGCCAGACACUACCUAGACUCUCACAAGGGGCCCUAUGCGCUGCUUGUCAGGCGGCAGACGUUCUCCCCAUACAAGCUGCCCAAGUUGCCGCCCGUGUUUCCACUGUCCAGAGAGAAAGCCUUGCAGCUGAUCAUUGACGGGUUGGGACCAAAAGACGUCAUAGUCGGGACAACGGGCAUGCUUUCAAGGGAACUAUAUGAAUACAGAGUGGCCAGGGAGGACGGCCAUGAGAGGGAUUUCCUCACCGUGGGCUCGAUGGGCCACGCCUCCUCUAUAGCCCUGGGCAUUGCCAUUCAGAAACAUAACAGACAGAUAAUAUGUCUGGACGGAGAUGGUUCAGUGAUCAUGCACAUGGGCGCCUUGGCGACUAUAGGUCAGCAUGGGCCAGAGAACCUGAAGCACGUAAUCAUCAACAACGGCUCUCACGAAUCAGUGGGGGGUCAACCUACAGACGCAGGCAACCAUGACAACUUCAACUUUGGGGCCAUAGCCCGGGGCUGUGGUUAUAGGGAGACGUGCGGUAACACCAAACAGUGA